AUCAUCUGCAGUUUCAGAAGUCUCAGAUUGGAGAAACAAAGAAUUUUGUGAGAAAAGGAUAAUCUGUUGAAACCAGAGGCUAUCCAUGGCCCCUACCAGGCACAUCUCACUAAAGGAAAUGAAUUCUUGAAAUAAAACAUGGAGGGCCCUCAAGAAAGUAUGCAGAUGUGGUCACAAGUUUUGGAGCCAUGUUCCCCACAUAUUUCACAUGCCUCAUGACUGUGUAUGGAAAGAUUAUCGCCACUGGUUCAAUUGGUGUCCACACACUCACUGUAUUGGGAAUUUGUUCUUGUGUCAAAAUCUGUGAUAAAAGACAGCCAUCUGGAAAGAUAAGUUAAUGAUAUGCUCUAAUGUUUCCUUUUUGUUUGUUCUGGUGGUUAUGGCUAUCAAUUUUGUGUUUGUUGUUGGUCACGAGCAUUAUUAACAGCUGACAUUCUGCCCUUUUUUAACUGCAGAAAAUAUCUCUGUUCGAAUGCAAAGAUAGAUGGACCUCGUCAUCCCAUUUUCAGCCGCGAUUAUGAGUGCAGAUGGAAAACCUGGUGAUGCUGCCGCACUAUUUGAUAGAGUUUCACAAAGUAUAAAGGUGAAGAAAUAUAGUGAGGCACUUGCUGAACUUAAUACUGCUAUAGAGGCUGAUCCUGCACUUUCAGAAGCAUAUUUACGUCGAGCAUCAAUUCUUCGUCAAUUGUGCAGAUAUGAAGAAUCUGAAGAAGGCUACAGAAAGUUUCUGGAGAUGAAACCUCGAAAUUCUGCUGCAGAGAAGGAGCUAUCUCAGUUACAUCAAGCCAAGGAGUCGUUAGAUACAGCAAGCAAUCUUUUUGAUUCGGGAGACUUUACGAAAGCACUGGAACAUAUUGAAAAAGUUGUUCUUGUUUUUUCUCCAGCGUGCUCCAAGGCGAAACUCCUUAAAGUGAGAUUACUAAUUGCAACAAAAGACUAUUCAAGUGCCAUAUCUGAGUCAGGAUUCUUUCUCAAGGAAGAUGAGGAUAAUUUAGAUGCUUUGCUCUUACGAGGGCGUGCUUACUAUUAUUUAGGCGAUCAUGAUGUUGCCAUCAGACAUUACCAGAAGGGUCUUCGUCUAGACCCUGAGCAUGGAGAAUUGAAGAAAACAUAUUUUGGAUUGAAAAAUCUCCUCAAGAAGACUAAAAGUGCUGAAGACAAUGCAAACAAGGGUAAGCUUCGGUUGGCUGUUGAGGAAUACAAAGCAGCUCUUGCCAUGGAUCCAAACCAUUUGGCCCACAAUGUACACCUUCAUCUUGGAUUAUGUAAGGUCCUUGUUAAACUCGGGAGGGGAAAGGAUGCAGUAACAAGUUGCACGGAUGUACUCGAUAUUGAUGGUGAUGUAGUUGACGCCCUGGUUCAGAGGGGUGAAGCUAAGCUUAUUAUAGAAGAUUGGGAAGGAGCUGUAGCAGAUAUAAAAGCAGCAGCCGAAAAGUUGCCUCAGGACAUGAAUAUUCGAGAAGCUCUAACAAGAGCUGAGAAGGCAUUGAAGAUGAGCCAACGGAAGGACUGGUACAAGAUUCUUGGAAUUUCAAAAACUGCAUCCAUGUCGGAGAUCAAGAAAGCUUACAAGAAGCUAGCCUUGCAGUGGCACCCUGACAAGAAUGUCGACAAUAGAGAAGAAGCAGAAGCCAAAUUCCGAGAAAUAGCCGCUGCAUAUGAGGUUCUCGGCGAUGAAGAUAAGCGCACGAGAUACGACAGGGGCGAAGACAUCGAAGAGGGAAUGGGAAUGGGCGGGGGAGGGGGAGGGUUCAAUCCCUUCGGCGCUGGUGGCCAACAAUUCACAUUCCACUUUGAAGGAGGUUUUCCGGGAGGAGGAUUCGGAGGCUUUCAUUUUUAAGUUGUUCGGAGUGUGUCCUGUUUUUGCUAUGGGCUUUAAGUGAGUGAGGAUAAAGCAGGUAGGCAUUCAUAGACUGUUUUUUCCAGCAACAUUCAUUCAGGUUUCUAACUGAUCUUCAACAAGUUCUUCAUCUUUAAAUUUUCCACAUUUUUAGAGUCGAAGAACACAAUUUGGAGGUUGUUGAUUUAAAGGGUAAAAAGGCAAUCACUUGGUUUCAUUUUUAGACGUUAUGGUUCGCUCAUGUACAAAUAACUAAGUUUUUUUUUUUAUAAUUUGAAUUUGAAUUUUUAUUUUUGUGGUCGAUCA